ACUCUGGACCAAACUCAAGUCCUCAGACUUAGUGCUAGCCUUCUGAAUUCUUUCUGCAGCAAUGGAGGUUUGAGUUUCUUAUUGAUAGUCUGUAUAGUGUUGCCUAGAAAGUAGAGAUGCACGGCAUAGCUCUGGAGGCCAGGAAAUCUGGAUUGUCUAUGGUACUUUUACUGUGAAGCUCUUAGAAAAAUAGUUCCCAGGUGAUUUUUCGAGUGUCUCAUUGGCCUAGAACGUGACCAAGUGUGCUAGGCUGACUGGCCAGCAAGACACAGGGAUCCACAGGCCCACCCUUCCUAGCCUAGGACUGAAAGUGUGCUGCCACACCUGUGGUAAACCCAGAUCUUUACAACAGCUCUCUUCCUACCCCUUUGAAUCUUGGCUUUGGAGGGUUCUAGACUUGGCCAAGAUGGUGACAAUCAGGCUGAAGAGAUGCAGAUGGCAGUGUCCACCUGUGGUAGAGUUUGCUGGCACAGCUGUUGUAUCCUGGGACUGGGAAGGGCUUGGCUGUCGUUCAUGUCAUCUUUGAAGGCUUCCUCCUGUGUUAAGGAGUCCACAGUGGAGGUAGGGAGGCCGGAGUGGCUGGAGGAGGACCAUCUUCAAAUGUUAGUCUUGCUACAUAGUUGGUGACCAUCAAAGCCGCAUGCUUAUGGCCUGACGUCAGCAUCCCAUGGUCCUCCGAACACGCUGUGCUUUUGUUUUUUAUUGCUGUUUGCUUGUUAGUUGCCUGCUCCUAAGCCAAGAUAUCAGGCAGUUAAAAUAUAUUUCUUGGUUGAAACUCAGAAUUUGCCUUAAAGGUCACUACUCUGUCUUCCCAUGUUGUUGCAAAUUUGUGCCUUGUUUUCCUGAUAAAGGCUCUGGAUCCUUUCUUCCUGAGCAUUUCCUUGCACUUGCAUUUUUCGGUAUGUAUUUAGUGUAAAAGGUGCUUCCAGCUGACAGGGCAGCUCACUGGUGCCCUGUGCCCACUGCAGUCACUACCCUCGUUUAUCCGCAUUACCAUUUUAGUUUUGCUUUAAUUACUUUUGUUUUUUAAGUUGACUUGUGAAAUAUCGAGUAGUUAGUUAGCAAAUAAUUUAAAAAUAGCUGUUUACCAUCUAGGCUGAGGGCACAAUGUUGUUCAAAAAGCUUAAUGUUUAAAGUGAGGUUUACUAAUUAAUUUGCUUUGUCUUGUUUUUUAGGGAUGAUUUUUAAUUGGCUGUAGAAAUAAGUGAUUUAUAAGUUGUAUCUUUGUGCAGAUACCAAUAUACAUGGGUUUCUUAGGUAGUGUUUCCUUGUCCUCAGUUCACCUGGAAUGUUUAUAUGUGCUGCUACUUGAUAUGAUAUUUUGUUCUGACUUUGUUUUUACAUGAUAAAGAGACAGAACAAUUAUUGAAACCCUUUAUUUGACAAUACUGUUAGAACUAGAGUGGGUUGUGGGAUAGAGUAGACUCUUAGAUUAGAAAGUUGGACUUUCUUUUUUGAGUUGGUUAUGAGUUUUUUGUUGGCUAGCUUUUUUACCCAGGGGUGUAGGGGAGGGCACUGUUUGUUUUUGUUUUUGAGCCAAGGUCUCACUUUAUAGGCCAGGCUUGGAAUUCACUGUGUAGCACAGGCUGGCCAUGAACUCAGAUGGCCAUCUUGCCUUCUCCUCCCAAGUGCUGAGAUUAUAAUUAUGAGCCUCCGCUCGUGACUGUGUGGAAGGGACUUUCCAUGUCCUGUGAUGGGACGUGCUGCAGCACUUGAUCCUGGUCCUGCAGAGUUAAAGCUUGAAGACGGUGGCCACGCUGAGCGCAGCCCAGAGCAAAGGUGAAGCAGUGUUCAUUAACAGGCGGCUGGACGUGUCGGCUCUUUCAGUGCUUUGUUUUGCCGAGUGUUGACACAGUGGGGACAAUGGGACUUUGAAAAUGGCCCUUGAGCUAUGCUAGGUCUAUAAUGGGAAGUGUCACAGUUCGGUAUUUCUGUUACGGGUGCCUCUUUACAUCUGCUACCUGGACAGUUCUGCUUUUCAUUUAUUUCAACUUCAGUGAAGUGACUCAGCCCCUUAAGAAUGUGCCCAUCAAGGGGUCUGGCCCCCAUGGACCAUUUCCCAAAAAAUUCUACCCACGUUUUACUCGAAGUCCAGGUCGAGUAUUAGAUCCGCAGUUUAAAGCAAACAGAAUGGACGAUUUGAUGAAUAACCACAUCGAAGAUAAUGGCCUCUCAAAAUCUUCCUCCGAGCUGGGUAUGAUUUUCAAUGAACGUGAUCAGGAAUUGAGAGACCUGGGCUACCAGAAACAUGCCUUUAAUAUGCUUAUUAGUAACCGCUUGGGAUACCACAGAGAUGUGCCAGACACCAGGAAUGCUGAGUGUAGAGGAAAGUCCUACCCAACUGAUCUGCCAACUGCUAGUGUUGUUAUCUGUUUCUACAACGAAGCCUUCUCGGCCUUGCUGCGGACUGUGCACAGUGUUGUGGACCGCACGCCAGCACACCUUCUGCAUGAGAUCAUCCUUGUCGAUGACAACAGUGACUUUGAUGAUUUAAAAGGAGAGCUAGAUGAAUACAUCCAAAGAUACCUGCCUGCAAAAGUCAAGGUCAUAAGAAAUAGGAAACGUGAGGGACUGAUCCGAGGAAGAAUGAUCGGAGCAGCCCAUGCUACAGGAGAAGUCCUCGUGUUCCUAGACAGCCACUGUGAGGUCAACGUGAUGUGGUUGCAGCCCUUGCUGGCCAUCAUCCUUGAGGAUCCACACACUGUGGUGUGCCCCGUGAUUGACAUCAUCAGCGCUGACACACUGGCCUACAGCUCAUCCCCAGUGGUACGGGGUGGUUUCAACUGGGGACUGCACUUCAAGUGGGAUUUAGUUCCUGUGUCCGAGCUGGGAGGAGCUGACGGGGCCACUGCACCAAUAAGGUCACCUACAAUGGCUGGAGGAUUGUUUGCAAUGAAUAGACAGUAUUUCAAUGAUCUUGGACAGUAUGACAGUGGCAUGGAUAUCUGGGGAGGAGAAAAUCUGGAAAUCUCAUUUCGGAUCUGGAUGUGUGGCGGAAAGCUCUUCAUCAUCCCUUGCUCAAGAGUAGGACACAUUUUCCGAAAAAGGCGGCCAUACGGAUCUCCUGAAGGCCAGGACACCAUGACACACAACUCCCUGAGGCUGGCCCAUGUCUGGUUGGAUGAGUACAAGGAGCAGUAUUUUUCCUUAAGACCUGAUUUGAAGACCAAGAGCUUCGGAAAUAUCAGUGAGCGUGUUGAAUUGAGGAAGAAAUUGGGCUGUCAAUCAUUCAAGUGGUAUUUGGACAAUAUUUACCCUGAGAUGCAGCUACCUGGCCCGAACGCCAAACCUCAGCAGCCCAUCUUCAUCAACAGAGGGCCCAAGCGCCCCAGGGUCCUUCUGCGUGGACGGCUCUACCAUUUGCAGACCAACAAAUGUCUGGUAGCUCAGGGCCGCUCUAGCCAGAAAGGAGGCCUGGUGCUGCUGAAGGCCUGUGAUUACAGAGACCCAACUCAGAUCUGGAUUUACAAUGAAGAGCAUGAAUUGAUUUUAAACAACCUCCUUUGCCUCGACAUGUCAGAAACCCGCUCUUCAGACCCACCUCGACUCAUGAAGUGCCAUGGGUCAGGAGGAUCUCAGCAGUGGACCUUUGGGGUCCUUUUUUUCUUGCCUUUUUUUCCCCAGAAGAACAAUCGGCUGUAUCAAGUGUCUGUGGGACAGUGCCUGAGAGUGGUGGACCUGACGGAUCAGAAGGGCUCUGUUGGCAUGGCAAUAUGUGAUGGCUCUGCCUCCCAACAGUGGCGCCUAGAAGGUUAAGAUGGACCCUGGCUGGAGAUAACAUAAUUCACCAGGUUUUAUCACACCUGCCAUAAAUCAUGGUGCUUUAUGAAGGAUGCUGCUGACCCCAACAGACAAGACCCCUGGUGGAAGGUGACCAUCACAGGAGCAGAAGGUGCUUCACUGGGACUUGGGUUAUUUCUGAGCUGCUGCUAAGGCAUUCUUGUUUAUCCAGGGAAAACAGAAAAUAAUAAUUCUAAAAAGUUGGGUCUAUUAGUACAAACCCAGGAAGCAGACAUUUCUAUUUAUUUAUGCUUCUCUUGGAGAUGGAAUGGUUUCUGUCUAACCAGGAACUUGUCACAGUUUCCUUUCAUAGAGGACUUCAUAGGAGACUUUUUCCUACUCUCAUUUGUUUAAUGUUCCUAAUAGAUUUUAAAACUAGUUGAAUGCAUAUUACUUUUAGCUUCAGAAGGUAUCAUGUAUAUUUCAGAGGCAUUUAACUAUUAUAAAUUAUUUUGAUGACUUAAUAGGCUGUCUACAUUAAAUAAAGGAUCUUUUUGAUCAUUUGACUAGGA